AUGGCGGAAGAAUCGUCCUACUUCCACAGAUACGCGAGAAUUAAACUGAGGUGCCUUAAAUUUGAGUAUUCAUAUUUUAGAAAAAAGAUAUUAAAUCUAUUAUAUUUAAAAGUCUUGCAAGAAAAGUUUAAAACUAAUAGUUAUACUUAUAAGGAGCCACAAAAUUUUAUUAUAGCUAUAGUAACUGAUGACCUCCUGGAACGGAUUAUCGCCCAAUCUGAUUUAAGCUUAGAUACUCUAAAAGAUAACACUAAUUUACUGUGGCUUACAGUCCCGAAAGAUAUUCAAAUCCUGUAUUUAUACAGAAAGUAUCAGGUGGAAACUACUAAAUACUCUCUUCUGCCAGGUAAUUAUUAG